AUGGAAGUGCCCAUCCCACUCCUGGUCUGCCUGACCUGCAUCAUCCCACUGGGCUCAUUUGUGAAGACUAAAAGAGAUACUACAGGGAACUCGCUCAACACUGAGGUGCACAGCGCGCCAUCCCAGCGCUGGUCCAUGCAGGUGCCCGCCGAGGUGAGCGCGACAGUGGGCGACGCGGCCGUGCUGCCGUGCACCUUCACCCACCCGCACGGCCACUACGCCGGGCCCCUGACGGCCAUCUGGCGAGCGGGCGAGCCCUACGCGGGGCCGCAGGUGUUCCGCUGCACUGCGGCACGGGACAGUGAGUUCUGCCAGAUGGCCCUGAGCCGCCACGGCCGCUUCCGCCUGCUGGGCAACCCGCGCCGCAACGACCUGUCACUGCGCGUCGAACGCCUGGUGCCCGCCGACGCCGGCCGCUACUUCUGCCGCGUGGAGUUCGCCGGCGACGUUCAAGAUCGCUACGAGAGCCGCCAGGGCGUCCGCCUUAGUCUGAGCGCCCCGCCGCGGAUCGUCAACAUCUCGGUGUUGCCUGGGCCCACGCACGCCUUCCGCGCGAUCUGCACGGCCGAGGGGGAGCCACCGCCCGCCCUUGUCUGGUCCGGCCCAACCCUGGGCAACAGCUCAACCGCCGUACCCGGCUCAGCUCAUGGCCACCAGGUGACAGCCGAGCUGCCCGCACUGGCCCACGACGGCCGCUACACAUGCACGGCAGCCAACAGCCUGGGCCGCGCCGAGGCCAGCGUCUACUUGUACCGUUUCCGCGGCGCCAGCGGGAUCUCGGCGCUCGCCCUGCCGCUUGGCGCGCUAGGCCUCAAGGUCCUGCUCCUAGUCGGCAUCCUGGUCGCCCGUGCUGCCCGCCACCACUCAGAGCAGCCAGUAACCCAGGAAACCUCCCCACGGCCCCAGGCGCAGGAGUCCAACUAUGAAAAUUUGAGCCAGAUGAGUCCCCGGAGCCCACCAGCAGCCAUGUGUUCCCCAUGUUCACCAUGA